AUGAAAAACAUAUUAUCGAAAAAGCAUUUCCCUUAAGGACAUUUUUCAUAAGCUUCUGCUUAAUUUAAACUUAAUUAAUGUUAAUUAUACGUCAAACAACCUGAAAGAUGUCAUAUUAAUAAAAAUGUAAUACUAAAUAAUAAUUACUUAAUAGGCUACAAGUGCAGAAUUAGGAUUAACAAAGUAAAAUAAAAGUUAAAUUAAAAUCAAUUAAUGCAAAUAUGAAUCUUCUUUUUAAGAUAUGAUGCCAAAAAGAGAUGAAAUUUAUAAGUAAGAAUUUAAAUAAUUAAAUCAUAGAUAUAGAAGAAGACCAUCUCCAUCUAGAAAUCAAAGCAAAAAAGACUUAUUAACUCAUUCUGUAGAUUUUAUUAAACCUCCACAUAUCGAAAGAGAUAGCUCAUUUAUUAAUUUUCAUAAAAAAACAAGUUAAUCUGGAUUUUAUAAGAGACCUUAAGUCUCUAUAUCCUUAACUAGAAUGAAAGAAAAUGAAGCAGCUAAUAAGAUUUUCGAUUAUUCUAAUAAAGAAAAUAUGAUCUACACUUUAAUUAAUAAGUAAAUCUAAAGAAAUCCAAUAACAGGUAAUGGAUUACCAAAUUAAUAUAAAACUGGAAUAAAAUGUAAUCCUUCAAUAAGAUCUUAAAUGGAUGAAAUUCUAUUUUAAGUAAGUGUAAUAAUUAAACAUUUAGAAUAGGGAUUAGUGUGGCAGAAAGAAAUGGAAUAUUUAAUUGUGA